AUGCCGAAAUCAUCGGCUCAGCCACUACCGACGAGUCUGCCGUUUCCCGCUCAACACCGCAUUCUACGGGUACUGCAACAGCGCUUGGAGCGCUCUGCGUUCGAGUCUAUCCAGAAAUGGCACCGCCAACUCGGCCAGGCUAACGGAUGGGAUUGUGCCGAGAAGGUAGAAUUGCACAUGGCGUUCAGAGCGCUGGACCGAAAACGCCGUUCCCAUUCCAUAUCUGGGUCUACGAGAAUCCCAAAGAAGGCGGUUGAUCGGUUGCGAGCCGACGUUGUGGGCAUCCGCCACGCAGCCGUGCACCGUCAGCUACAGGAUCAUCGUCGUCUUCUACAGCAACUGCACUCGGCCCGAGAGUUUGCAACCGUAUGGCUGGGCGAUCCGCAGUGUGGGAGGGAGAUCGAGCAGUGUCACGUGCGGAUCAACCGUCUAUUCAGCGCAUGGAAGGCACGCACCCAUCGUCUGCAAGGCAAUCUGGCUGCGCGCAUGGGACGCAACAGUAUGCCUGAGCACCAACGUCACCAAUGCCUCCUGCUUGAGGCGAUGCGAAGGCUCUGGGAAAGGAUCAAUCGCGAUUGUGUUGGGCAAGCGGACUACAUCCUACAAGUGAGCUUUCCGUCAUUGUAUACAAAGACGUGA